GGUGCGAUACUCGCUGAUGCGGGUGCUUCCGGAUCCGUCUCACGGUCGGCGCGGCAUUAUUUACAUCUUUUGAAAACCUCGCACACCGUCUUACCUCCUCUCCUUCACGGUCGCUUUGUCUGGGAAUAUUUGCAUAGUGAUGGAUGACACGGAGAUUCAAGUGCCGCUUCUGGCCGGAUCGUCAUCGCGCCAGCUCGAAGAAGGCGCGGAUGUUGUGCAACCUCAGCAGUAUGGGACCACCAACAAAAACGACGCCAGCGUUAGAGUCGUCCCUGACGAUGGCGACAGUGAUGACGGCGACAGCGACGCGCAAGGAGGUGUACAGCAGGCCGACGCUAUCAAUAUGGUCUGGUCCAAAUCGGCACUUGUUUUAGCCUAUUGUUUCAUCUUUCUGUGCUCUUUUGCGCAGGCAUUACAGUGGCAAAUCAUCUCGAACCUCACGCCCUAUGUCACCAGCGAAUUCUCCUCCCACUCGUUAAUCCCAACCAUCGGCAUCGUUUCGUCCAUUCUCAGCGGCGUUUUGAAGCUGCCCAUUUCCAAGAUUAUUGAUGCGUGGGGACGACCUCAGGGACUGGCCUCCGUGAUAGUUUUGGCCACGAUAGGAUUGAUUCUUAUGGCCGUAUGUCAAAAUGUCAAGACCUACGCUGCGGCCCAAGUGUUCUAUGCCGUUGGACUUAGUGGAUUUUCGUACAUUCUUACCAUCAUCGUUUCCGAUACAUCUUCGAUGAAGAACCGCGCCAUCGCCUUCGGGUUCUCAACGUCCCCCAACCUCAUUACCACUUUCAUCGGCCCUGUUAUUGCUCGUUGGUUUUACGAGAAGAGCAAUUGGAGAUGGGCAUUCGGUGGCUCCGCCAUCAUGUUCUUCUUGUUUUCUCUACCCAUCUUGGUCAUCUUGAUGAUGAAUGCGCGCAAGGCGGAGCGCCUGGGACUAUUGAAGAAAGAGCCCCUUAGUGGGAAAUCGACCACCCAAAGCAUUCGUUGGCACCUCAAUGAAUACGACGCCAUUGGGGUCGUCCUCAUCACUGUGGGCCUCACCAUGGUUCUAGUCCCCAUUUCUCUGGGCACCAAGGCAGAAAACGGCUGGGACAUCUCGUUCUUGGUUGUCGGUCUUGUAUUGCUGGUAGCAUUCGGGUUCCACGAGAAGUACACGGCGACGCGGCCUGUUGUGGCCUUCUCGGUGCUCUUUUCUCGGAAUGUCGCCGGAGCCUGUCUCUUAUCCAUUGUGCUCUUUGUGUCCUACUACUCGUGGGACUCGUACUAUUCCUCGUACUUGCAGGUGGUGCAUGGCCUCAGCAUAACGCAGGCCGGGUACAUUGACCAUAUCUACGGAUUUGGGUCGUGCCUCUGGGCCGUUGUCGUUGGCUACUUGAUUCGAGUCAGUGAUCGGUACAAGUGGCUCGCCUGGGUCGCACUUCCCGUCUACUUCUUGGGGGGUGGCAUGAUGAUAGUGUUCCGACGCCCGGACACACACAUCGGAUUUUUGGUCUUGUGUCAGAUUUUGAUGACCAUUGGCGGCAGUACACUUGUGGUCUGCCAUCAAAUUGCAAUCAUGGUGACCAGCACCCAUGGAGAACUGGCAUCAGUCAUGGCAGUACUGUCACUCGCAAGCUAUGUUGGUUCGGCCGGUGGCAACACCUUGAGCGGUGCCAUCUGGAACAGCACCCUCCCCAAAGCAUUGGCGGAGUUGCUCCCAAACUUUUCCGAGAAGGAGCUGUUCCAAAUUGGUUCAUCCUUGACGAAGCAGCUCAGCUACCCGAUGGGGGAUCCUGUGCGCACCGCUAUUAUCACUGCCUACGACAGGGCCCAAGUACGAAUGUGCAUCACCGGCAGUCUCGUAUCGCUGCUUCAAGUUGUAGCCGUAGCGAUAUGGAAGGAUGCGGUGGUCAGUCAGGUCAAGCAAGUGAAGGGCAAGGUUCUAUAAUGCUAGAUUGUGGUUAUAUAUACCACAGAAGCUUGAUGAGAGCGAUCUUAUCACGCUGUCAAUUCAACCGCGCCAGCGGUAGUUCGAUAGACUUGGACUGCAUGGGGGGGCGUUUGAGUGAUUGGUCGAUAGGCUUAGAAAUGAGACUAGUCAUAAAUACCAAGCAGACAUAGGAUCGAUCUCUAGAUCUAGAAUUGAAUAUCUUAUUCGAUGA